CACGUCUUCCCAGCGCUGCCCUUAACAAAGAUGGCCACCCUCUUCCUUCUCCUGCAUCCCUAGCCCGGCCGGCCCUGGCAGCUGCUGGAGUCUCAGCGGCAAGUCCCCGCUGGCCAAUGCAGAGCGAAAGGGGGUCUGAGCCCUCCUGCCGCCGCAUGGCCGAGCCUGCCGCCGAGCCGAGCCGCCCCGCCGCGGGCCGGUGCGCGGUGAGCGGCGCGGGAGCGGCGAGAGCCCGCUGGCGGCUGCUCGGACAGGUUCUGAAGAAAAAGCACUUGAAAGAUGUCCAUCUUCAACAAGUGUCUGUAAGGAGGUUUGCAUCAUUCAAUCUUUUUAUAAUAGAAGAUCAGAAUACAGAAGAAGAAACAGGGACCUGGGUUCAGUAUAAAAGCAUCUUUUAUCCUGAGUACAGUGUGUCCUUAAGAUUUCACAAUGGACUCUUAAAUGUUAAAGAAGUUCUGACAAGUUUUGACAACACAGGGAAUGUCUGUCUCUGGCCGUCUGAGGAAGUGCUGGCUUACUACUGCCUAAAGCAUAAUGAAACAUUCAGGGACCUUGCUGUGUGUGAGCUAGGGGGUGGCAUGACAUGCUUGGCUGGGCUCAUGGUUGCUAUUUCUGCAGAUGUCAAAGAAGUUCUGUUAACUGAUGGAAAUGAAAAGGCCAUCAAAAAUGUAAAUGAGAUCAUCACAAGAAACCAAAAUGCAGGAGUAUUUAAGGCUCAGAAAAUAUCAAGCUGCAUUUUACGAUGGGAUAAUGAGACAGAUGUCUCUCAACUGGAAGGACAUUUUGACAUUGUUAUGUGUGCUGACUGUCUCUUUCUGGACCAGUACAGAGCUAGCCUUGUUGAUGCAAUAAAGAGAUUACUCCAGCCCAGUGGAAAAGCAAUGGUAUUUGCUCCACUCCGAGGGAAUACUUUAAACCAGUUUUGCAAUCUAGCUGAAAAAGCUGGUUUCUCUAUCCAAAGACAUGAAAAUUAUGAUGAACACAUUUCGAACUUCCACUCCAAGUUGAAAAAUGAAGAAAAGGAUACGUAUGACGAAAACCUCCAUUACCCUUUUCUUCUCAUUUUAACCAAACACAGAUAGAAGAUGACUUGUUUGUUUGUUUGUUUUAAGGUGGACUACAGAAAUUUUAUCCAUGUGUAUGGAUGGCUGGGAGUAAGGAGGGUUCAGUCCCCCCCCCUUUUUGUUCCUGAGCCAUCAUCAGAGAAAUAUUUCUAAUUGGGGCUUGUUUCACAGUGCGUAAACAUUGAGACAUCUUUUUUGUAGCAUUUCAGAGCUUUUUUUUUCCGAUUAUAUUCCAGCUUAAAACUGGUUGGACUUUAUAUGUAUGCAUUAACAAAGGUGUAACGCUGGAUUCCUUCUCUUUCGUGCCUUUAAACUUGCAUGUACUUUGUUAAUCUCUUUAAAUGUUACUUUUGGUGUGUAUUUGAAAAUAUUUCUGCAAUAGUCUUUGUGGGCUUAUAUAACUGAUGUAAAGGAGUAAAUGCAUUCACGUUUAAUUAGCAAGGACAUAGUUGUCUUAAGAUCUUUUAAAAGGGCACCUAUUGAAUGCUCCAAUUUUUGUGCCCUUUUUUUUUUUAUUUAUUCAUUUAAUUCCACUGCUGAUUUUUCUAUCCAUGUCCUUAUUUGCUUCAGUGUUGAAGGCUUUUUAUAUAUAUAGUUUUUUCCAGCAGGACUUUUCCUCCUGUAAAUGUAUAAGAAAUUAUGCAUCAGACAAAAGCCUCAUAAACUGACCAUUUGUCCUUUGGACACAAUAGCCUGCCCAGCCCCUCUGCUCCUCCUCUCCAAUUAUGUGUGAUUAGUCUCAGUGUGUUGUGUCAAGAAGGGGGAGUGUGCUGAGUGCUUAUUAUCUGUUUAGGUACAAGAAGAGCACAUUUAGGUUCUGACUAUGAAUGGAAAGUGAGCCUUUAUCAGGACUAAAAUCUAAAUGCUACUAUCCUAGAAAUCGCUUUUUAAAGAAAUACAUCCUUUUCAGAUAAAUUCCGAGAAACACCGUAACAACUAAAGAAUUCUGUAGUGUAAUCAAACUCUCUCUCUUGAAUUCAUUUAUAUUGUGACGUAUUAGGCCCCAACUAUUUGAUAAAUAUUUGAUGGGACUUUUCUUGACAAAAAUCCCACAAAGAAACAGAAGUGAUUUCUUAUUUUCUCAGUGGUUUAAUAGACCAUUUUAAUGACUUCUCAGAAAAACAACCUGGGUCAUUAAAGAACCCUGUACAGUCUCUUAAACCACAACACUUUUUAAAUGGUGAAAAAGAGAGAGAGAGAGAGGCAGGGACCAUGACUGAGAGAGGGACGUAGUAGAAGCAAGGAAGUGUAGAGGGUCAUGCUGAAUUACAUUCAUUAAAAGAAUGGCAGUGAGCAUUCUUCCGUAUUUAACAAAUUGGGCAGCAUGUAAACCUCGAGCUCGUGAAAGUCCCUUUCUCUUUGCUCUUCUUCUCAAACAAAUUUCUUCACUACCGGUUUGCAUGUCCUUGUAUUCAAUACUUUUUAUGCUCCAUUAGAGCACCUAGAUGGAUCUCAGAAGGCAUAGGUCAAGUCGCAGUUAGAUCAUACAUUUCUUUCUCACAAAAACUUGAAUUGCAAUGCCAAGCGAUGGGCUAACAUCACAAUAACAGCAAUUUAUUCCUCUUUUGAUAAAAAGCAGCCUAUUCUCGGUGUUAGAUAAAGACCAGGGGCAAUGCAAACCAACCAUUUAUCCUAGAACUGAGUAGUAUGUCUCCCCUAGAGCUGGUAUGAGUUUCAUGUUCAAACUCUUGUUGGAAGAUGCUUGUCUCAUAUGAAAUCAGAAGCAUUUAGGAGUAAUUUGAAAUUGCUGUGAAGGUGGCUUUCGUUUAAUUAGCUUUGUUUUGCUUGUCCCACACAGCAGUGCCUUUGUUUUUGCUAAAACCAUGUACAAGGAAAUCUUUAUAAUCAACAAAGGAGUGUGAAAAAUGCUGAAAUAUUACAAUUUGUGAACCUUUUCUUUUUGAGAGGGCUUGAAUGUCUGCUGUACAAUAAUCUAAUAAAGAUUGUUAGUUGCCAAAAAUA